AAAUAGCGAAACUAUAAAAGAGACUGGAACUAGAAAUUUUUUGGUUGCCAAGGCGAUGGAUAAUGGCGGCCGAAAAUGAAAACAACGAGAGGGAUUUAGAAAAUAGAUUUUCUCCUUCAUUUGACCAUGAAGGGAUCCCUGCAUGUUUAGAGUGGAGUCCAGAAGAUGUAGCCGAAUGGAUAGAAUAUUUAGGCUUUCCACAAUAUAAGGUGAGUUUUUCAUUUCAUGUUUGUUUUUGUUUGGCGUCAAAGGUUGAAAAGUUCAUCACCUGUAGUUUGUUCUUGUUUUCAACAGCGGUGUUUCUCAGACAAUCUGAUAAAUGGACGAAAAUUAAUAACUAUACAUGCCUCAUCUUUGCCUCGAGUUGGAAUUACUGAUUUUGAACAUAUAAAGGUGGGUUUUGUGAAAUAUUCUAGUUUGUACAGUAACUUGCUCUAUAAUUUUAAACCCAUCUUCCAUGACUGAUUUCUACACGUCAAAGUUGUAGUACUAAUAACACCCAUUUUAAUAAUUCAACUAAAAGGUGCAGUGAAUUAUUGUUCUUAAAAAAUACAAAGUCAUGAAACUUUAUAUUUUCACUUUCACACAGUUUAUUGCAGAAAAGGUCAGAGAAGUGACAGGUCUCGAAGAUCCAGAUUGGACCAGAAGCAUUACGCUCCAACAUCGUGAAAGACUUGGUCUGUUUUUGGAGAAGCGUGCUCUUACUGGCUGCGAACGAGAUGCAGAGACGUGUGAAGAAUUUCACAGAUUUUUAGACAACAUGGAAGCACAUGCUCCUGCCAAGAGAGUUGUGUACCCAGACAUGCAAAUAGCCGAUGGGAAAAAGAGACCUAGUAUUGCGGCAAAGUCCUGAAUGGCUUCUUGUGAUAGAAAAGGAUAGUGGUUGAUUUGGCAGAGUUAUAGAAAAAAUCACCUGAAAGAGCCAAACAGACCAAAAUUUGGCAUAUUCCAAAAGUUCAACUAAAUAAAUUCAAAUGUUUUGUUUUUAAGACAUAGUUCAUUUUUACUUGAUGAAUUUAUAAAACUCGUUUAGUUAAAUAGACAAUUACAUGGUUAUUUACAAAACAACAUGUCCAAGCAUAUUUUGCCAUACUAUGCAACCCAAUGCAGAAUAUGGCAAAAUAUUUAGUGGCAUAAUAUAUUGCCAUAGUUUUAUUUAAAAUCCAGCCCUGCAAUAGAGUCACCAAAAGACUACCAUAUUUUUUGUAUUAUUAAAAUUUUAAUAAGUUAUAUUCAUAUAAUUAUUUAAAUUGCAUAUUUUACACUAAUUCAUUAUGCCUAGCAAAAUUAAUGAUAUAUUCUGUUCACUAAAUAAUGAACAUCCUCUUUCUUGUAACCAAACUUGCUAUAAUAUGGAAUCAGUGGUUCUUUGCAGUCCAAACUGAUCUUGUAACAGCCAAGUUUUCCCCCAAGUAAAGUCAAGGAUUCUACAAGUCUAAAACAGAAAACAUUUCAACCUAUUUGUAGGAAAAGUAUAUGGUUAUAAUUAGUUAGUUUUCAUCUUUUGGAGGUCAGUUUGGUAACUUUAGUUAUUUGUGUCUGUUGAUUAAUAAGUAUGUGUUAAUUACCAGUAUUUUAACUGUAUAUACUUACACUUUGCCAAAAUGCUUUCCUCUGUAUUCAGUGUGCACUACAACCUCUUCUAUACGACCUCUCUGUUUUAAAAAUACAUAUGUAAGUACUCUGUAUACUAGUAUAAUCUGUACAGUAUGUGUGAAGAUGUUAUCUAGAAUGAAUUGGACAACAAAAUCUAGUAUAGUAUGUUGGAAAUAAAUUUAAGUUUCAUACCAUGGCUAUUUCAUGAAUAAAUUUCUGUUCAAGAAUUAGCGAUGCAGCUGCGACAAUUUUUCUUGUGUCUGUAUUUUCUAUCACGGCAAUGUAGUAUGUGUUUGGGCAUUCUUUCAUCUCUCUAAAUCUUCCUAAAUAUAUAAUUAGUUUACAAGGCAUGUUUCAACACAGAUUCGUUAAACUGCGAGUAAUAAUUAUCUUACGCUGAUAUUUCUCUUCUGUUAUAUCACCAACUUUUGUGAGUUGAGCAAGAAGAUCAAUAUAACCUAAAGAUUAAGAAUAAAGUUGUGUUUGUAAUCUGU